AUGGUUUUAUCCUCACCAUCUGACGAUCUGGCCGUACAUCAUUCGCGUACCGAUAAUACCAUGGGCAGCAUUCAUAAUCACGAUCGCAUUGAAAACAAUGAGAAGCCUCUUCACUUUCCAGAGGAUGAUCAUCUCAAUGUCACGUCAUCAACGAAACAGAUGAUUAAGGAUGCGAGGGCUUCUACGGAAAAAGAGCAUAACAUGACAUUGCUUCAGGGAAUCAAGUUGUAUCCUAAAGCUAUUGCAUGGUCACUUCUUAUCUCGACAUGUAUUGCUAUGGAAGGUUACGAUUUGUGUUUACUCAGUAACUUUUAUGCAUUUCCUCAGUUCAAUGAGAAAUACGGUGAGCAAUUACCCGAUGGAACAUGGCAGGUGCCAGCUAAAUGGCAAGCCGGAUUGAGUAAUGGUGCCAAUGUUGGUGAAAUUAUUGGUCUCUUCAUUAAUGGUUGGGUUUCGGAGAAAUUUGGAUAUCGAUACACGGUUAUGACGUGUUUGAGUCUCAUUAUUGCAUUCACGGCCAUUUUCUUCACAGCUAAAGAUGUCAUUGCACUAGAAGUUGCUGAGAUUCUCUGCGGUAUCCCAUGGGGAGUGUUCCAAACACUUACAGUCACUUAUGCUUCCGAAGUUUGUCCUCUUGGACUUCGUGGAUACCUCACUACCUAUGUUAACUUCUGUUGGGGACUGGGUCAAGUCAUUGGAAUCGGAGUUAUCAAAGCAAUGUUACCGCGCACGGACGAAUGGGCAUAUCGGAUUCCUUACGCUCUUCAAUGGAUGUGGCCAGUCCCGCUUCUGAUUGGUAUCUCACUUGCCCCAGAAUCUCCGUGGUGGCUUGUUCGAAAGGGAAGAAUUGAGGAUGCUAAGAAAUCACUUCUUCGAUUAACGAGUUUGAACAAGGAGACGGACUUCGACGCUGAUGAAACUAUUGCGAUGAUGGUCCAUACCACGGCAAUUGAGGAGAAAAUUACUAAAGGGGCUAGCUAUAUGGAUUGCUUUAGGGGAGUGGAUAGACGUCGAACUGAGAUCGUUUGCAUGGUAUGGGCAAUGCAAAAUUUGAGUGGAAACUCCUUCUCGGGUUAUUCUUCUUAUUUCCUCCAGCAAGCUGGUCUACCCACCUCAACAUCCUACGAUUUUGCUUUAGGUCAAUAUGGUAUCAACAUGGCCGGAGUAUUCGGAGCUUGGUUCUUGAUGAGUAUGGGAAUUGGCCGACGAUCCCUCUACCUCUACGGUCUCUGCAUCUUAUGCGCUAUGCUUUUCAUCCUUGGCUUUCUUGGUCUCGUUCCUGCAUCGCAUAAAUCCGAGGCAUCACUAGCUACUGGCUCCAUCAUGUUGGUGUGGGCAUUAGCUUAUCAACUUUCCGUUGGAACGGUUUGUUAUUCUUUGGUUUCGGAGCUGUCUACGAGAAGACUUCAGAUCAAGACAGUGGUCUUGGGUAGAAACUUAUACAAUGUCGUGGGUAUCGUUUGCAGUGUCAUUACGCCCUAUAUGCUUAAUCCCGGCGCUUGGAAUUGGAAAAAUUACGCAGGAUUCUUUUGGGGUGGAAUCUGUUUUCUUUGUAUCAUUUACACUUAUUUCCGUCUUCCAGAACCCAGAGGCCGGUCCUUCGCCGAACUUGAUCUUCUUUUCGAGAGAGGCGUUAGUGCGAGAAAGUUUUCAAGUACAAAAGUAGAUGUUUUUGAUGAUGAUGUCAGUGUGGAUAGUACAAGUGUGGUAAAAAAUUACGAUGAGAAAGCCCUCGCUGGCGUGGUCACGAAGGAUGUUUGA